AGGAAUUUGAUCUAUUAUUUUUAUGAGCAUACUGUAUUGCAUGACUUGAUAAUUUGAUAAUGAAAAAAAUAAGGAAAGAUGGAUGGUGUUGUGGAUUUGGAGGGUUUUCAGGGCAAUAAAAAUCCCAUUUUUAUCAUCAUUCCUCUCAAAAAAAACCAAGAAUAAAGGGUACGUGCAUACUGAUUACUGAAAGAAAGGAGAGGAGAAAUCAAAGGGGUGGGGGGAAAAAGGCAGAGAAUAAAAGGACCAGAUGUUGACAAAUCUUCUGUCGCCGUUCUUCGAGGAUCGUUUGUUCUUGUGAGAGAUUUUCUUAUCGCGGAUCUCUCUCUCUCUCUCUCUCUCUCUCUCUCUCUCUGUGUGUGUGUGUGUGUGUGUGUGUGGCCCGGCUGAUCGAAAUCUACCAAUCUGGUGUCGAUCGACAGCUGCAUGUCCUUGCAAUGGCCGUGGAGAUGGGCGCAAUCCUCCCCCAUUAGUGCCCUUUGAGCGCCUUUUGUUCUUGUUUUCUCUCGAGUUCUGUUUUUUCUCACUGCUUUCGCUUUCUCUUCGCUUGGAUUCUUUUCUCUUGGCUCCAAGUUGGGAACUUUGGAUGAAGGAGUGGGGCGGCCGUUCGGGUUUUGGAUUUUCCAGGCUCUGAUGCUGAAUCCGCUGCAAAGGAGAUGCAGAGAUGGAUGACGAGAGGCGAUGACGUGGGUUGAGUUUGCUGAAUGAUGCCGGCAUGUGAGCAUGAAGGAUUUGAUGGAAAGUUUUGCAAGUGGCUGUUUCCUUCUUGAUUCGGAAUGGGAACAAAAGUACAGUACAAAAGCUACCUUCAGGAUAUCAUCCCAUGAGCGAUCUUAAUGAGAAUGUAAGCAGUAGUUGGUCUUGGUGCUACGAAGAUAAUAUGUUGAGUGGACAUCUCUACAGUGGUUUCAUGUUGAGGCCAGUGAAUGAAUAUUCAGAAUAUGAUAAACAAAUGCUAAAGCAGACGAUGCUCGAACAUGAAGCCAUAUUUAGGAAGCAGGUCUAUGAACUGCACCGUCUUUAUAGAAUACAGAGGGACCUGAUGGAUGAGCAUCAAAAGGAUGGGUUGUACAGAAACUCUGUACCAUCUGUUACAUCUCAAUCAAAUUCUUUUUCAUCUCAAAUGCCAUGUGAAGGCACCAAAAAGAUAUGGCAGAUGUCUCACCUGCCUGUAGCGAACACCAGUUAUGACAGAGCACCUUUUGCAAGCACUGAUGGCAUAAGGUCCUCCUUAAGCUUUCUGAAGGAGAGUAAUCUGCAAUCUGGUCCUAUUUCAAUAAAAAAUGGAGUCUCUAUCAAAGAUGGUGAAUUGCUCGACUCUAAGCUUCAGAAAUUUCCUAGGAGAAUGUUGAACCUACAACUUCCAGCAGAUGUAUAUAUUGAUGGUGAAGAUUCUGAAAGAUCAGGAAAGAAAAGUUUUGCUGAUUCAUCAUCUAGAGUUACAGUUCCGCCUGGAAGAACUUUCGGCUCUGAUCCUGAGAAUGAUCUAAAGCUUACUUUAGGCACUAGCGAGGGUCUUAAUUGCAAAAAGGACAACAUGGUACCAGAUUCAUGGACACAAAAUAGUUUGUCAGCUCACAGCUUGGCUGAUUUGCAUAAACCUAUAAAAGAUAUAUGGUUUGAAGGAGGAGAAGCAAAUUCAACUUCCACUCAUUUUCUUGGCCUGAGAACUAACAGUGAAAAGAAUCAAGGUCAUCAGUUGUCAACAAGAUUCAACACAAAUGUCCUAGGCCUACAUGGUGCUUUCUCUAAAGACAGGCAUGGUGAUGAAGGGUCUAGUUCAAACUUCUUGCUUGCAGAUAAAGAGGAAAUAAGACAGGAAUGGCCAUUCUUCAAUAGUGAAAGUGGGCAAAGAAGGAGCAGCACAGUUUUUUUCAGUCCAAGUCUCUCCGAUGAUAAAUUCCUCAUGUCAUCUGACACCAUACACCUGAAGCUUAAGAAUUCACAUGGAAUUGUUUUACCACAGCAAAAUAAAACAGAUACAUGGUUCAGACAAAGGCCAACUUAUGGUAUUGAAACCUCUGGAAGUACUCAUCUUGCCACCUCAAAAAGUUCAGCAGAGAUAUUUCCUUCAAUGCCUUCUUUCUCAAUUCUUCCUCAGACGGACUCCACUACUGCACCUUCCCUGGUUUCAUCUUGGACAAAGCCUGUGAACUGCAUAAACCACAUUCCGGUUGCAGUUCGAGCACCUCCAUGCUUUAACGGCUCAACAACUCUGAGUAUGCAGAACAGGAUAUCCAAUGUAACUAUUAAGAACAUAGGCACUGAUCGUGAAAAAUGGCAAACCAGUAGGGAUUCAAAUUCACGCCCAAGAGUUGGAAGCGAGGCAUCCCCUUAUCUAAAUAGAUCACUUGAUGAUUUUGGGCUGGAUUCUAAAUGUGCACCAUGUUUACAGCUACCAUCAAUCACUUUUGGUAAGCCAAACCAGAAUGAUACUGGCGAUGGUUCAGCUUAUGGAAACUCCAUAGGUCACGGACCCCAAAAGUGUUCUAAGGAUUUGCAAUGCACAGAUGUGAAGUCACCAAAAGAUGUAAAUCUGAACCCAGCACUUCCAGAUGGAAUUCAAACUGAUCUUACCGCCCAACAGCAUGUAGUGGUAUGUAAUCUAGAGCAGAAAUUUGAGGAGUCCUCGAAAGGAAUCUCUUGGCUCAGUAAGAAACCAGCCUGUGAUGAAUCUAUUGACUUGGAAAAACAUGCAUCUCAGAUGGAGUUGGGCUUCACACAUGGUCAUUCUCAGCUGAUGUCCAGUUCCCAUAUUGUGGCUCCAAAAUCUGAUAGGAAACAAGAUAAGGAAUCUGGUCUAAGUCUCUGUAAUCCUCAGGGUUCUACGUCAAUUUUGCAGGACAUGGAGAUUAGUGUGCAGAAGAAUGAGAUUUCUGAUGAUUUUAGCAGUCGAAGAAUUCUUGGCUUUCCUAUUCUUGAGAAGGUUCAGCAGGGUGCUGUUUCACGCCAGGAAUGCUCUUUGACUGAUGAAAGCAUGUGCAUUGAGAAAGACAUACGGUUCACUGACUUGACCUGUGACAUGAAGGAGCGCAGUUCUGAGAAACCAAUCUCCAUAGGGAGUUCAAUCACGGAAAAGUGGUCUGAAAACAUUAGUAUGAGUUUUAGGGACCACAUCAAUCUAAAUGCUGAACUAACUUGUAUGGAUGACCCAAGGCUAUCAGAGUUCUCACCUAAAAGUGAGGCAGCUGGUCCACUGCCACUCCCGGUACAAAGAGUUUCUGAAAAAGUCGCUUCUGAGAACAAUUUGGAAGCACCAAUUUCGCAGGAAGAGGGGAAUAUAUUGUCCCAUCACAGAUCUACGCCACCGAGCAAAACAGAUGGUUCGCAACAAACAGAAUGCUCUCAUGACAAGUUUGUAAGGGAGGCAGCAGAGAAUAUUGUUGCUAUGUCAGUGGAUAUAUAUAGCCAUUUAGAGGAAAUCACAUGUCAUCCAUUGCCUCCCGGUCAAUGGAAUACCUUGUUUUGGCUUGCACAGGUGGUUUCAUCCAAUGCAGACAAAGGAGUUCCAAGGAGUGGUGGAGAUGGUAGAUAUGAAUCUUCAGAUGAUAACGGAUUGGAUUCCUUCGAGGCUAUGACACUGAAGCUCAAAGAAAUUAAGGUGGACAAUUGCUGCUGUAAGCCAAAAGAGUUUGAGAAUAGAAAGGAAGGAGAAACUGGUGCCGCUUCGCUGCUUCUGAUGAGGCCUCGGAGAGGCCAGGCAAGAAGGCGGCGGCAGAAAAGGGACUUUCAGAAAGAUAUUCUACCAGGCCUUGCAUCACUGUCAAGGCAUGAAGUAGCAGAGGACCUUCAAACUAUUGGAGGACUGAUGAAAGCAUCAGGCAAGUCUUGGAAGACAGGCUUAACAAGAAGGGACGCUGGUCGGAAUGGCCUGCAUUCCCAAGCAAAGGGAAGGAGGCAGCCUAGAAGUUUUGUUGUCACCCUAUCAGACACUCAGAUCAGUUCCCCACCAGUGGAUCCCAUUAACACUGAUCUGGAAGUUGAUGGGAGAAAUAUGAUAGGGUGGGGAAGGACAACAAGGCGGUGCCGUCGACCAAGAUGUCCACCUGGUAAUGUCUCUUCUCCUCUAACUGUUCCAUAUUCACAUUAAUGAUUUCAUAGAGAGAAUUAGGAACAGGAAUUUUACUUGAGAGUCAAUUGAGAGGUAAAUAUAGUCAUGGAAUGCUGGUGUACAUGUUCUUCAGUCCUAAUUUGGGCCUCUAUUACUGCCUUCAGUAAAAAACUCUGUACAUUUUACGAUAUAUGCUGCAUUGUUUGGUCAAACAAAGGGCAAACUAUAACGUUUGAAGCUUAGUUAGCCGUAGAAACUUUGGUGUUUACCAUAAAUUAAUUUAUGUCAAAGAGAGACCGUACCUCAUACGGCAUCACAUCAAUAUCUGCAACGGAUUCAUUGGUGAAGAAUGCAUGAAGGGGUUCGCUAUCUAGGCUUUUCGUCAUAAAUUUUUAACGAAUCUAAAUUGUGCCUAUAACAUCAUGCCCAUGCAAUGGAUUCAAGCACCUUCCAGGACGGGAAGGAUAUCUUUGUACUGUCAUAAUUUGAUCGAAGCAGCAAGAGAAUUCAUGAAAGCAAUGGACCAAAAGCCCUUACCUCUAAACUGCUCACCCCAAAACAAAUCAAACUCAUCAUUGCACCCGAGCUCUCCAUCCCCUUCGUAGCUCGAAGCAAUUGCCAUACGCGGACUCAUUUCCCUGCUAUUCUAGAGCCCCAGUCCACCCUCCUUGAAACGACCUGAACCGAUCUGGAGCUCUCCUCCUACCCAGCUCUCUCUAACAUUGGGAAUUGGAAUUAGGAAUGAUGGAUGUGUGCGUACAAGCUAAGGCUGGUUUCACUCAAUCAAUUGUAGAUUAUUUACUCUUUACCCUCAAAUCCAAGAGCAACAACACUUUGGGUAUGCUGAUGAUAUACUGAUUACUGAUAGUGAUCUUCUAUCGCUUCUACUAAAUCUUUCCUCCAAAGGAUCAUGGGACGACGUAGCAUGGAUGGUGUGAAGACAUGGCGAAAAAGGAAAUGUACAGGCAAGGAAAGGAGGAGGAGGGCGAUUGGCGGGCGCGGCCUUGAUGGUCGCUUCUUGAUGAAUGUGGGGCUGAUGCUGAGGUUGGUGCAGCGGUUCGUCGGGGCGGAGGAGGUCCUGGCGGCGAUGGCAAGGAGUGGGGCCGCGGCGCUGGCCAAGGUGGCGAAGCUGGCGGACGCGUACCUCAUGGAGGCGGCACUCGACGCCGGGCUCCUGGUGAAGUUCGUCGUGCUGCAGGUGUUCCAGCAGUUGACCACCGAGCGCGACGUGUCCGUCGUGCUCAAGACUGUGUGCGAGGAUAUCGCCGCCUCCUCACACUCCACCGUUUUCGAGGCUCCCCUUCGACCUCCUCCACUUCCACCCGCCUCACCUCAGACCUCUAGGACACGGUCUUCUCCGGCGUCCACUCCAAGUCCAACUUCAUCUUCCCUGACCUCAGCGUCGUCGCUGCCGCCGCUUCCGCAUCCGCCACGUCCCCCUCGUCAACCGUUUAACGGCCAUCUCACGGGCUCCAUUAUUCCCACCGUUUGCCGGCGCGACGAUCCUAAAACUCGGAGCAGACAGCAGACUCCCAUUUCGAACUUCAUCGUUUGCCACGUGAGCUUCCAUUCAGAUAGUACGGUGGGUCCCAUUCCAGAUAACCAAAAACUCAUACCUACGUGGUGUGCACCAGGUGGCCUUGCACGCCGCCAACCACGACCGUUCACUUUAUAAUCAAGCCGGCAGAAAUGAACGGUCGUGAUUGGCGCCGUGCACGGCGCUGCGCCGCGUACUUGCGACGCAGAGAAUAUGCCUCCCAAGAUCAGCCAUCCACGUGUACCUCAAAUCCGACCGUCGAUAUGCGCCGGACGCGAGGCGAUAUUAAGAGCCAGCCUGCUUUAUUGAAACCCUAGGUCGCGGCCAAAUCCCGGGCACUCUCCGUCUCAGAGCCUAUCACCUCGGUUCCCGCAUCGCCCCCCUCCACGGCCACUAGGGAUCAUGUCGGACGAGGAGCACCACUUCGAGUCGAAGGCAGAUGCAGGUGCGUCGAAGACGUUCCCUCAGCAGGCUGGGACGAUCAGGAAGAACGGGUACAUAGUGAUCAAAGGGAGGCCGUGUAAGGUGUAUGUGUUGAAGCGGGACAAAUGUUUUGAGGAAAAGGACAACUUGUAUAUGAGUUGUGGAGGUUUCAACCUCAAAGACUGGGAAGCAUGGUCAUGCAAAAUGCCACUUUGUCGGCAUAGACAUCUUCACUGCAAAAAAGCUUGAGGAUAUUGUGCCCUCGUCUCAUAAUUGCGAUGUUCCACAUGUCGCUCGUACUGACUAUCAGCUGAUUGAUAUAUCCGAAGAUGGUUUUGUGAGUCUUCUGACUGAAAAUGGUAACACCAAAGAUGAUCUUAGACUCCCAACUGAUGAGAAUCUUCUUACUCAGAUCAAAGAUGGGUUUGCCGAAGGAAAAGAUCUGGUCGUGACUGUGAUGACUGCCAUGGGUGAGGAACAGAUUUGUGCGCUAAAGGAUAUUGGCCCCAAGUAACUUGUCUCUGCACCUCAGAAUGUUGUUGAUCAAAAGGGGUAUAAUGGAGAUUUCUCAGAUUUGAAGAUAUAUAAGUGGUUACUGUUUCCUUGGCUUAAUCUGGCUUUUGUCACAUGAACCACGGGCAAUGUUUGGUGAUCCUUGCACAAUCCAUCUCUAAAACUCCUUCCGUAAGGUCCUAGUGCCCUAAUAUAUCCAUCUUAUUAGUUAUUGUUUUUUUUCUUGUGCCUCUAUAUUAGUACAUUCCUGGAAAUGCUUGUAAACACAAGGAGUUCUUACUUAUGAUGAAGCUUGGUUUAUAUUUUGCAAGGUAUAAUACGUCUUUAGUUGCUUCCUGACAUAA